AUGGUCAACGUCCCGCCGGAUUACGCAUUCCUAGCUGAUGGCACCCCGUUCCUGCAGCUCCUUACUCCGGAGCUGCACAUUUACUUCUCUGCAGCGAGCAUAGAGAGAGCGUGCCGAUGCGGAUUGCAGGCGUUGGUGGCGGACGGUGUGCAUGAUCUGCAGCCUAACGCCACCAACAAAACAGGUCAAGUAUAUAUCAUCCACGGAGUGGUGGCGAACUCCGUGGAUAUGUCGCUGCUUUACGCCAUCACAUUAAGUCGACUCCAAUGCAAACUUUGUGCUUUUGCCUUUUGGAAGAACGAGCAGAUGUACGACACGAUUUUCGGGACGACGAGGGACGCGAUCGCCGCCGCAGGAGGAGCGCUGGAUUUACGGAUUAUUGUGGAUUUUGAAAAUCGCGGCAAAGAGGGCCUCCCUGAUGCAUCUGUAGAGUGGUGCGCUUUUCAUUCAGCGCAGGCUUGGAAUAGAAAAAGAGAUGCACUUGGAUUGCGCCCACAG